AUGUCUUUUGCUGGUAACAUUCAAACGUUCCGUAAAAAUAGACCUUCGGAGAACUUUCCAUUCCAAGUGAAGCGAGAGCAGUUGGGAGGUGAGGCGGAACCAAAAUGCACCGAAUACGAUCAAAAUUUUGUUUCGUUUCAUGAUGAUUCAAAACCCGCGCUCCGUCGGGAUCAGCUUAGGGAAGUGUACAAGAAAAAACUCACACAAAUUCUGGUAAAAAAUGCCAACGAGCAGCUAGAGACAUUGUACCGACAGGAGGAGGAACGGAAUCCGUUGAGGAAAAGAAUGAACUACUAUUUGGCCAAAGACAACAGCCAGGACGCGCAGUAUUGUUUGGAACGGACAGACGAUACUGUUACGUUUUGGAGUUAUGGCAAGCGUCGGAAUCAAAACCAUCGGUUAAACAACGCUUUUACUAAACCACAUGACGAGAAGUUGGAUGUUCAAUUUGAAUAA